UUGCACCUCACUCCUCUUGUCUCCUGUCGUCAUCAGACAUGUCUCCUCCUGUCCACGAGGCGGCGCUGCCUGCAGACGCGUGUGUUGGUGUCACUGCUGCUGCUACAUGUGACAUUGACAUCAACAGAGGCGCCACAAUGAGGCUCACCACCCUGCUAUCGAUGGCAGCGAGGGUUGUCGUGCCGAAAGAUUACCGCUUCGGCACCAACAGACCCUGGACGGCGGCUGCCAGGAGGCUGAAUCCUCCGGGCAAGAGGAGGAGAAAGGUGUUCGUGGAGCCGCUGGCCCUGGAGGAUUGGUCUGUGCUCAGAGGGGACACGGUUGAGAUUCUCGCAGGGAAGGACAAAGGAAAGCAAGGAAAAGUUACCCAAGUCUUCAGACACAGAAACUGGCUUAUCCUGGAGGGACUGAACACACAUCACAGGUAUAUUGGAAAAACUGAGGAUUUCCGCGGGAACUACAUUGCCAGUGAGGCUCCCCUUUCGCUCCGUGAUGUCUCACUCGUUGACCCCACAGACAGGAAGCCCACUGAGGUGGAAUGGAAAUUCACAGAGGAGGGCGAGAGAGUCCGAGUGUCUCUCAGGACAGGUCGAAUCAUCCCAAAACCUGUCCUGGAGCGACGAGAUGGCAUCGUGCCGCAACAGUGGAAAGAUGGUCCCAAAGACACCAGUCCAGAGGACACUCUAGAAAAGACCUAUGUGCCAUCUUUAAAAACCCUGGAGGAGGAAGUCAUGGAGAGACUCGGCAUCCAGGAGAACAGAAGGAACCGAAGGUCCUACUGGUACUGACCAGAGAAAUCAGAGACACUCGGGGCCCCGCUGUGCUAUCCUGUUUUUCACACGGCUUCCAGGGGCAUGAUGUUUUAGUGGGAGUCAAACAGACAUGUUAAAAAGAAACCGUGUGAGGAUGACAUGAGUAAGGCUUAUGGACUGUAAAAUACUGUUGCAACAUGCACAUUAUUGAGGAAAUAAUAGCUUUGUAUAAGUAUGAGGAGGUGAAACAGACGUGCAAACAAAGCUGAUAACAGACCUGCAACUUAAAUGUUUCCUGAAAGAAUUCCAGUUUGUAUUAUGUUGUUUCUUUUUAAGUGUGAAUAAAUGCCACAGGUAAACCAGUAUAAUGGCUUGUAUUUAGCUGUGGACUAGAGCUUAAUUCAUAUUUCAUCAAUAUUCUCAACAGUUCAAUUAAAACAGACAAUAUCAUACAAAACUGAAAGGAUGCUCUUAUCAAAAGUCUUAUAUUAACAAUGGAAUAGAUGAAGUGUAAUAUGAAGGGGUUCAACUGAGCAUUUUAGCUUCUUUCAGCUUAUUGUUUUGUUGUUAUUUUUUAACUUAAACACAUGCAGCUAUAGACAUUUCCAAAUAAAUGAUAAUGUUGCUUCGUG